AUGCCAGAGAUUGACGUCGGCUCACAGAUUUUUGAUGUUGUCUUUCACCCGACAUUCGCGACGGUCUACACCGGUCUUCUGAACGGACAUGUCAAGGCUUUCGCUUACAACGAGCAAGGAAAGGAGCAGGCGGCAUUCUCAGUACGGCCUUCAAAACGGUCGUGUCGUGGUUUGUCGAUUAAGCACGAUGGAACGCAUCUUUACGCUGUGGGGAAGGCAAAGGCGUUGAAGUACAAUUUUAUUUCUGGGCUCAUCAUCCGUUGCAGUGUCAUUGAUACGGCCACAGCUCAAAUCAGUACUCGACCAGGAGCGCACGAUUCCACAAUCAACCGCGUCAAGUAUUUGAUGCCAUGGCUCAUAUCGACGGGUGAUGACGACGGUGUCAUAAAGCUAUGGGAUCCCAGGCAGCAGGAGUGCGUCCGAGAAUAUACCCAACAUUUCGACUAUAUCACCGAUUUUUUGUGGCUGGACGAUAAAAAGCAGCUGGUCGCGACGAGUGGGGAUGGAACGCUAUCCGUGAUGGACGUACGAUCCAAGAAGCCAGAGCCUUUUGCCCAAUCGGAAGACCAGGAUGAUGAAUUGCUCUCCAUUGUUGCUAUCAAGGGGCAUUCAAAAAUAGUUGUCGGAACACAACUUGGUAUUCUAUCCAUCUUUAACCGCAGCAAAGGGUGGGGAGAUUGUGUCGAUCGUGUACCUGGACAUCCACUAUCAAUAGACGCGCUCUGUAACCUGCCUCCCGGACUACCGAACGUAGAUCCUACGAGCACAGUGCUCACUGGGUCUUCGGACGGUUAUGUCCGAGCUGUCCAGAUUUUGCCCACGAAACUGUUGGGUGUGGUAGCCGAUCAUGGAGAAUGGCCAAUUGAAAGAAUCGCAGUUGGAGGUGGCUGGUGGGUCGGGAGUGUGGGCCAUGAAGAUCUGUUGAGGAUGACAGACCUGGAAGGCUUUUUCUUGGAUCAGAGUGAGGACAAGGAGCUGAAGGGUGCGCUGGGAGUCACCAAUGAAAAUGAACAGAGCGACGAAGAUGAGGAGAUGGAUGUGUUGGGAAACGAUGCAGGACACCCUGAAGUUGACGGAUCUGGCUCUUCGAGUUCGGGCGAAUCAAGCGAAGACUCGGAGGCAUCGGACGGAGAAACGCCACAAGCCAAGCAGCGAAAACGAAAAAUAGAGCAAAAGCCAUUAGAUGUAGACAAGCCAAAGGGCAGGAAUGAGAUAGACGUCGAGAAUGCAUUUUUCGACGAGCUCUAA